CUUAUAGGCGGAAAUUGAGAAAUGAUAUUUUGAGAGGAUUUCCCUAUAUCACACAAGAGCUUGCCUCUGAAAUUAUCCCGAACAAAGACGAUAUGUCCGUCAUGAAAAUUAUGACACAUUCUGGUCAACAUGUCACAGCAUACACUCUGAAUGGAUCACCAAUAUUCUUCCAAGUGGAAACACAAUUAUAUCCUACAGGUUUGUUCUCCCAUUGUCACCUUGUAGAAGUUUUGAAGCAUGUCUCUAAUGGCUUGUUCACGUAUACGAUCCCGCUUGCAGGCCCUAAAAUUAAAACAACGCACGCUCAGUACCUGCUUUGCCCAAACUCGUUCCCGUAAGACUAUUCCACUGCAUGAUUCUAACGAGUAAAAUUGUUUGGCGUUAGACAGAGUAAAAUACUCUGCCAUUCAAUCAACCAUUCUCACGUUGGUCCAUAUCUGCCAUCUUUGGAGCAAUGUCUCCCCUCGUCAGAGAAUCUAGACAAUCAACAAUGUGAAAAGCGACUUUUCCAAGUUGUGGCUGUGAAUUUACCGUUAUAUACUCUCAGCCACUUGGGACUUAGGAGAAGCAGCACCCUAGAAAUGACAAGCCGAGCGUGAGAAAGGCUAACAGAGUCAAGGAUUUGGGGCAUCUCACUCGACUGAACUUAUAUGAAGGUUUUUGUAGAUGGAAAUUCCGAUUUUGUAGAUGGAAAUUCCACUCGAAAUUUCCAUCUACAAAACCUUAAUAGAGUCAAGGAGGGAAGAGCCUAGAAACGAGUUUGCAACAGAGUAGGAUUCUAAAUAUUCAGCAUCGUCUAUUUUAAUCAUAUAAACGGUGGAAAAUUCAAAACACUUCUCAGACGUGUCGUCGAAUUGUGGAAUGUGGGUGCAGUUUGUAAACAUUCUAUCUCAGUCCACAAUCUUUUGUUUGUGCAUGUCUAGUUGUAGUAAAAUUUUGUUUCUUAACAGAUAUUUACUAAAUGUUUUCAGUUUAUAUAUUAUGGAAAUAUCCUGACAUGAUACCGGUGUUUACAACGUGGCCGAAUGUUUUUGAGAAAUUACGUGGAGGUGCAGGUAAUUAACGUUCCAGUAAUAUAGUACGCUCAGUUAGAAUGUCUAAAUAUCUUGCAUAUGCACAAGCGGAAUGUAAAAUAUUUUCGCAUUAUAUGCAUGGUUCAACUAAAAUUUCUGCAAUAUCUGUAUGGUUCAACUAAACUAACUUUAUAUUUUAACUGGAUAUUGCUAGAGUUCUAAAUUGUUCUGUCUAGAAGCCCACUAUGUCUAAGGACCAUCCUAUAUCGUUUCGGUAUUAAUAAUAUACAUGAAAACAUUUCUCAAUUCUGAUUGACUAAGAGCAGUACAAUUGUUUCGAAAUACAGUGCCAAAAAAUGAAAUACAGUGUAAAAAAGAAAUACAGUGCAAAUUUCAUGGACUAUUUAGGCUUUCUGAUUGGCUUAAAAUAUGAAACAAUAACAAAGAUAGCCAAUAAUAUACAGCAAUUUUCCAGCAGAAAUAAUACAAAAAAACAAACAUUUAUGGAGUGACUGCAUAAUUAUUUCAUAUAUAUUAUUAAUAAGUAAUAGUAUGGUUUCUCGUGCAAUUUGAAAAAAACAUAUACUCGUGAGUUUUUCAAAGACUUCAAAUUGGACAAUUUUGACAGUCUUUGAAAAACUCACUCGUGCAUGUUUUUCCAAAUUGCACGAGAAACCAUACUAUUACAGUAUUACUCUAUACUAAUAAAGGAAGAAUCCGGAGCAUUGCGUAAAAGCAUAGUGUCGCAACCAUCAACGAUUGUUAAUAAGGCGAGGACCUUCGACUGGUACCCUAGCCUUCCAUAACCUUGUUGACGCAUGGCAGUUGAUUAAUAGGUUCAUCACGCGCUCCCGUACUACGCGGCUUUUGCAACCUGAAAACCGCAGGUUCUACUCGUUCUUUAAUAAUUUGAGAUUAGUCCCAUGUUUUUGUUUUAUAUAGAUACAGUUUAGAUACACUGCUACUCGUGUUUUAAGUGGUAUAUACAUAUAGCUUUAAUUAUGAUUAAGCAAUAGUUUGCUAAGUUUCCCUAUUUGUAGAUCUGAUGUUGCCAGGUGUAAUACAAAUAGAUCUGGAUAAAGAACAGGAGUUUAAGAAACAACAAGUGUGUUCAGUUGCCUUGCUUGGGAACAGGUAGAGCAAAAUGAAUUUUGGUUAAAAUUAAAGUUAGCCAGUUUAUUCAAACUAUAUGAACAGACUCUGGCAUUGGUUGAUUAUAGCAACAGAAAGCAAGAAAUCUAUAGAUCUAGAGAAAUCAUCUUUCAAUUCAAUUCAAUCUAAAAUUCAAUCAUAAUAUUAUCGCCAUGCAAUCCUAAAAGGAACUUGACGUAUAUAUUUCUGCAAUCUUGAUACAGAGCUCCAGUAGCUGUUGGUUAUACAGCAGUAUCGUCUAGUGAGGCAAGAGAACAAGGUAUGCGAGGCAAGGGAGUGAUUAUUCUUCAUUCAUAUCUUGAUCAUUUAUGGUAAGUUUAUUGUUGAAACUUCGUGGAAAUUAUGUCGAACAUGUACAGUACAGUACAGUACAGUACAGUACACAGUACAGUACAGUACUUGGAUAUAUUUUUUUUCUUGCAUUGCAUUGCAUUGAACUUUUCAUAAUAUCACUUUGUAUUCCAGUUUUAUUCUGUUAUCUGUUUUUCAAAGUUCUGUGACCUUUCGUAGGUUGAAAAAAUGAAAUUUUAAAUUGGUGAACAAUUUCUACUUAAAGCGAUUUUUACCAAGUGAUUUGUUACUUUAAUUAGAAUUAAAACGUUCCAAAAUUGCUAAAUAUUUUUCAGCUAUAUUAGUUUAUGAAUUGUUUCUUAUUUUGGAUGGGGAAGAGAUUAAACAUUGCACGACUCCAGCAAACUCCAGCUGUUUUAGCGCCCAAUGCUGACCGUUUUAACAGUCUGUCCCAGUGUAGGUAGUGUCAAUAAUAAGAAAACUGAAAGCUGUGGAUUAAUAGGGAUCCUAUCAUUGGACCAUUCCCCAAUUAACCAAAAUUUUGAUCUCAACAAGUUUAGACAAAAUUUCAUCAUAGCAUGAAAGAGCAUCACAAAUUAAAUUAGUAAUAUUCCAAAGUUUCGUUGCGAAAUGUUGUAAAAUGCGGAUCAUAUAGCCUUGCGAAAUUUGCAAUUUUCAGUCAUUUUAGAUUACAAACGGGAAAUGGUUACCACUUUUCCAAAAUUUUGAUCUUAACUAGCCUAAACAAAAAUUUCAUCACAGCUUGAAAGAGCAUCACAAAAUUAGUAAUAUUCCAAAGUUUCGUUGCAAAAUGUUGUAAAAUGCGGAUAAUAUAGCCUUGCGAAGUUUGUAAUUUUCAGUCAUUUUGUAUUACGCAGAAGUGGUAACCAUUUCCCGUUUGUAAUCUAAAAUGACUGAAAAUUGCAAAUUUCGGAAGGCUAUAUUAUCCGCAUUUUACAACAUUUUGCAACGAAACUUUGGAAUAUUACUAAUAUUGCGAUGCUCUUUCAAGCCGUGAUGAAAUUUUUGUCUAGACUUGUUUAGAUCAAAAUUUUGGUUAAUUGGGGAAUGGUCCAUUAGGCUUGGGUAAAUUUUUUCUAGCAUAAUAGGGCUUCAGGAGCAUAAUAGGCACUUACGAGCAUAGUCGGCAUAUUAGGCCGUUUUCGAGCAAAGAUUUCAAAAAUAAUAAAAUAAUGCUUUGGCUUUGGGGCUACAGUCUACAUAAAUAAAAAAAUGGAACGAGACUAAAGAGAGGGAGUUCGGCUAGUGCCCACAGGCCCCAAAGUUCACUGGUUCGGGUUAGGCCGCCGGGAUGCUGGGCACGAGAAUGAUGACGAGGACAAUAAUUUACAUAAUGAAAGGCUUGGAACAGUUGAAAGCAUAGUUAUAGACGGUGAGGAAUCUGAAGUGUGUAGAAGGAAAUAAUUUAGUUGUAAAUGCUGGACUGUAUUGAGAUCUCCCAGAAAGUCAAAUCUGGCUUGUUUGAACAUUUUAAAGCUAAAAUGUACGACUUUUGUACCUAAUAGGUACAAAAAUUAGUACGUCGAGCAUAAUAGGCUGCUUCACGAGCAUAAUACAUUGUUUUAACGAGCACUGCCUUCGGGCAUAAUAGCCAUAUUUUCGAGCAUAAUUUACCCAAGCCUACUAUCAAUCCGCGACGCUGUUCUCUUACCCACUCUUUAAUAAACAUGCAGCUAGAAUUUCUUUUGCUCUUGGCAAUAGGACUUUUGUGCACCGGAAUCGAUUCCUGCCGAAGGUCCUAUAAUAGGCAAUUCCCAUAAUAGACUAAUUCUAAAGCUAGGCAAGGAGAUGCAAAUAAAUCACCACAGCUAGAAAAAGCAUAUUAAAAUUAGUAAAAUUACAAAGUUUGGUUGCGAAAUGUUGUAAAAUGCGGAAAUAUAGCCUUGCAAAGUGUGCAUAUUUUGUAUACUUUUGUAUUGCGUGCGGAAAUUGCUACCAUUUUCGGCCCAAAUGUGGUAAGAAUGUGGCAGGAAUUUCCGUACGCAAUACAAAAGUAUACGAAACUUGCGAACUUUGCAAGGCAAUAUUUUCCGCAUUUUACAACAUUUCGCCCCCAAACUUUGUAAUUUUACAAAUUUUAAUAUGCUCUUUUAGUAUGCUGAUUUAUUUGCAUCUUCUUGCCUAGUCUAUAAUGGGAAUUGUCUGUUGCAUUUUAUGCAACUGAUCCUGGUUAGGUUUUAAAACAUCUAUAAAGUUUUCCGCUUGAAAAUUUCCAUGACUUAAAUAGUCGUACAUUUCAGGUCCCAAGGUUCCAAGUGUGAUAUUCCAAUGAUUCUUCCAACCUCAUAUGCAAAUCCUUCUGAAGUAGAAGACAAAGACAAUAAACAAACAGAUGUCGUAGAUUCUGGAACAAAUGAAAACUCUUAUUCAACAAAUAUUGACUCAAAUAAAAAUGAUGUGACAAUAGAAACUACUGCAGGAAAUAUUCCUGGUGAUGAGUGUAAUGAAACAUUAAGCAAAAAUAUAAACAGUAUAGGACUAACAGAGCACGCCGCAACGGCAGGAUCGUCGUCGUUGAAUAGUGAUGAAACUUUGUCGACACAAGUUGCAAAUGUUUUAAGUUCAAGUAAAGACGAUACGGAGGACACUUGUCCCGAAGAGACAGAUGUGACUUUAGAGGAAGACACUACUGGAUGUUGUCCUACCGGUAAUGAGACGAGCAUAAAAUUUUAUAACAUUAAAAUAGCUUUCUAAUAUUCAAAUUUAAAUGCGAUUGGAUAUCACGUGAUGAUGUCCCAAACGUGGGUGUGCAAUGAAAGAGACGUUCCACAAUAAACUGCAUGGCGUGUUUUCCCAAACUGCCUCAAACACAAACCGCAACAGCUAUUGGUAUUACGUGCCUGAUAGCAUUUGAAGAAUGUGAAGCUACUACUACGAGGAUGCCAAUGACUCUCGUUUGUUCCGGAUGCAUGCUGUUCGUGAGCUAUAUCUUAACCAAGAUCACCGUUCAACAUGCUCUUCAACAACAGAACACACUUUUUAAAAUAGUUUAUUAUUUAUUUAAAACAAUUCAUGAUUUCUGAUAGACUGUGAAAUUGUCAUAUCAACUCAAUAGCUAAGUAUGGAGUUUUGACAUAGUAUUCAACGGCGUGACGUCAUAACGUUGAUAUGAAAAAAUAAUUUUGAACGCUACGACAUCAUCCAAAGACGACUGCCGAAGGAGUGAGGAAUUGUGUCACAACAAAAAGGGCUUCCUACAACCGGCUGCUGUUUCAUUUUUUAAAUAAAUAGUAAAGCAAUUAUUGAAUAGGCAAUGGCCAUUUGCAUUAUAGACUAAAUUUUGAUCUAGACAAAAAUUUCAUCACAGCUUGAAAGAGCAUCACAAAAUUAGUAAUAUUCCAACAUUUCGCAACGAAAUGUUGUAAAAUGUGGAUAAUAUAGCCUUGCGAAGUUUGCCGUUUUUCAGUCAUUUUGUAUUACGCACGGGAAAUUGACAGCCCAAUCGGGUGUUGGGGCAUCAAUUUCCCGUUUGUAAUACAAAAUGACUGAAAAUUGCAAAUUUCGCAAAGCUAUAUUAUCCGCAUUUUACAACAUUUCGCAACGAAACUUUGGAAUAUUACUAAUUUUGUGAUGCUCUUUCAAAGCUGUGAUGAAAUUUUUGUCUAGACUUGUUUAGAUCAAAAUUUAGUCUAUAAUGCAAAUGGUCCAUUCCAGCUUUUAAUUUAUGCGCGCAGGGGAGGAUGGGAAGUAAGGUAUCAUAUUGCUGAUUAUGCUGAAAAAAUAUAAAUGACGGCCGUGUUAACACGGAGUGAUAGCAUAUACUUGUAAAUAUUGAAAUAUUUCGGUUGUUUCGGCAGUUUUUAUUGAAAUGUUUCAGCAUAAUCAGCAAUAUGAUACCUUACUUCCCAUCACCCCCUGCGUACAUAAUUAAAAGCUGGAAUUGCCAAUUCGGUUUUCACAUGAUAUUUAACAAUUAUUCGCCGAAGGCGAGGUGAUUAUCGGGGAAUAUUCGCCGAGACGAAGUCGAGGUGAGUAUUCCCCGAUAAUCACCGAGCCUGAGGCGAAUAAUUGUUUUAGUAUUUUUGUGUUUUUUGGGACUGAAUUUAUUUUAAUUUCGCUUAUUUCUUUAUCAGUAUAACGUCCACAAAACGGCUAGCCGCCAUUUUGAAAAUUUCGGUUUUGUUAUAUUCACCUGUAGGUGAAUAUAACAGCUUAAUUCGUCAAAUUUGACCAAUCAACUUGUAGGAUUUGUUAUGUUCACUUGUGCAAAAAUACUAAAAAGAAUUAUCAAGGCCUCAAUUUGUGUAUUAACCAAAGCCCGAAAGCUCAACCUCGCCUAAUAAUACAUGUGGAGCACACACUGACUAGUGUUUCAAAACUGUUUUAAGGUGAACUAGCUGAUUUUCCGUUCUAUCAAAAAGGGCUGUUCGUUUGACCUGUUUAAAUAUAUUGAAGGAAAUAAUUAAUUUAUUUGAUAAAAACAUUUUGAUCAAUUUGAAACAGUUUGUAUUUUAUUUUCAGAUUCCAUGGACACACUGUUGGAAAGAAGUUUAAUGCAUGCUUUACUCUGUAUCAAGAAUAAUGAAUUGCCAAUCUUGACUAGCACGUUUUAUAAAAAUUAUUUACUUCCAUGCUGGUAAGAUAUGUUUGGUAAUCAUUAUAGCUAUAUAAUAGGUGUCCAGCCAUGUUCAUAGAUCUUUCACUGUUGACAUUCUCAUUUUACAUUCAGCGAUUUCUACCAUAACAGUACUCUUAUCAAUUUACCAUCUAUCAAUCUACCAUCCCACCCGCAAAUUUUAGGGCAACGAAACAAAGGUCUGUGCUCAGGAUAAUCGCAAUCCCAUACCAAACUCUAAUCUUUGUGACGUCAUUUCGGGGUAGUAAUAUGGAAAGUCACUCGCGAUCUUGCACAAUGAAAAUAAUUCUUUUUGUUACCUUUCAGCCCUCAAGAUCAAACUUUGGAUAUUAAAAAGUCCAGCUACAAAAAGGUAUUAUUGUAUAUAAUUAUAUUGUUAGCACUGAUAAAAAUCCGGGCUUACGGAUCGAAAGUAUCGCAAUAAUAAAUAGAGAGGUUCAGUUUAUAUACCGCUGCCUCUCACAGGUUUGACACAUUUGAUUGGUUAAUCAGGUAGAAUAAAUUCAUCUGAUCGGUUAAUGGUAGUGGAACUGUAACAGGAAGUCAAAAUCUAAACCUCUCUAAUCAAUAUACGUGAUGUAUGUUUUCCACAAACCAAACCAAAACAGAUAUGUUAUUUAUUACUCUUACCAUGGAUUGUAAAAUAACUGGAUAGGAAACUUCCUGACGUCAUUGACUGCAUCCUUGUUGAAAAACGUGACGUCACGCGUAUUGCGAAUGUUACCAAAGUUCUCGGCAUUUUUGUUGUUUUGCUAUAUUUUCCACUUUAAAAGGGUGAUAUUGAAGCAUAAACUGGUCUAAUUGUUUUAAAAACAUGCCUAAGCCACGACAAAGUAUUCAAGGUAAAUGUUUUUCGUCUUUGUUUAAUUUGUAUUUUUUACAUUUGUAGCUACGAAAUUGGCGUCACAAAUUUUAACGAAAUUUGCGAUGUAUUUUUCACUUUUUAGUGCUUGAAAUAUUUGCUAAAAUUGAUUGGGAAUACUUAGAAAAAUUUUCAUCGUAGAAUGGCGUGGUUAUAUUUAUUUGCUCUUUGACUAAAAUGUUUAGCUGUAUUAUUGCUAAACAUGCCGUUUUUGAGAAUUUGGUUUUCAACUAGGUUGAGGUAUCCAACCACGCCAUCCAUCAGCUCAUUGAAAACAUUUGGUCACGUCAGCUAGUUUCCUAUCCAUUUAUUUUAUUAUCCAUGCUCGUACCAAAAAUCUAUUGGAAUGUACCGUAUCGAUACUUUUGCAUGGAUAUAAGUUAGAUAUACGCAUGCAGAAUAUUAGUUCAGUAAUAUAAGCAUUAUGAUGUAGCACAGGCACACAUUUGUAAACGUCAGAAAAGCCGAUAGCUGCACAAUAUUGUUGAAGGGAUUUGUACAUGGAAAUUUCGAGUGGAAUUUUUAUACAUUUACUAGACCUAACCAGGAGCUGUUGCACCGAAAAAUGCAACUAUAGGACCUCUGUCAGGAAUCCAACCUGCGACCCUGCGAUUCCGGUGCAGCGCUCUAACCAACUGAGCUAUACAGAAAGACAGUUGUCGAGCUCUAACCGCAAGGUGUCAAUAUACAGUGUAUGGGUAAAUAUCAGGACUUUGGUCAUCUCACUUGAGAUAACUAAUUUCUUGAAUGGCUCACUGGAACCACAGCGCUUACUGAAACUUUCCUACUGUAUCUAGGGCUCGGAUGCAACAAACAUUCCGGUGUUGUACCUCGUGUUUGUAUCUAGAGUUGCCCAGGUAUAUUAUUGUCCCGAAAUGGAAAUAUGUUUAUUUUAGUUAACAAAGUUCCUUCAAGUGAUGGAAGACAGAGGGUUUAUUGCAAUGAAAGAACAGUCGAAAGGCGUACAUUGCAUCGAUAAUGUUAACUGGGCACACGAAAAGUAAGAAUCUCAUGUAAAUGUGUAUUACGAUAUGUGCAUGAUAUAGUAACAAACGAAAGAAACCGAUAAACUUGCAUGAUAAUCCAAUGUACAUAUAUUUAUUUUAUAUUUAUAAACUUUACAAUCAUGCAACAAAACGAUUGAAGGUACAGACAACAGGACUGAGGAGUCCCAAAUUAAGUCCUACCUACACAUUACAUUGGAAUUGUAAAACAAAGACAGACCGGGUUACAAACUUUAAUAAAGCCCACAACAUAAAAUUACAACACACGAUCAAUGCAUUCCAAACCAUCCUUACACCUUCCAAACUAUAGACAUGGACCACCCAUAUAUUGCAGUCCUUUCUAAGUCAACUACCUUAAACCUGGAAAGAAGGUUUGGGAAAUGACCAAGUUACAAAAAUGUUUUAUACAUAUAAAUGUAUCAACAUUGUACAUCACAGACACAGUCACAGAAUACAGUAAACAUCGUAAACAUGAUGUGUUCCAGGCUGUCCCUGCAUUUUCCAAAGAUAGGAUUUCCAUAUAUAGUCUUAUAAACUGCAAAAUGAUUUCUGUAAGAUUCAAAACUUCCGAAAUGGAGAUAUACAGACUUUUCAAGCGCUUGGCGAUCGUGAUGGGAAAACAGGGUAAAUGUCUUAUAUUUCCUGACUGUGCAACAUCUUGAUAAGAUGACUUCGCUUGGAACACCGGAAUCUGUUAUCAUUGAUAAAUAGUUUUGAAUUAAUUGAAAGUAAAAAAAAGAGGAGAGAAUGGAAAGAAGAAUAAGAAAUAAACAGAAUUAAUAAUUUAAAAGAAGGAUGGCUAAAUAAAUGAAUAAAUAAAUAAAUAAAUAAAGUGGUGGUAUAUUGAUAAGAAAUUUAAUAAGAAAUGCUUUAUUUUUCAGUUUAAAAACCUUCAAGAAAGAAAAUUCAGAUAUAAUUAGCGAGAAACGUCAAAACGAUAGUGAAUCAAUACCGACCAAUAAGUAUCAGGUGAUGGUUGCACAACACGUUCAUUGCGAUGACAAUGAUAAUAAAUUAUAUUUACUUAUCUAUGUUUUUAUUAUUGGUCGGCUUUUAUAAUUAGCUGACGUAUCAUGUGUAUAAUUAUAAUUUCUGUAUAUCAUUAGCCACCAGAAAUUGAAGAUGUUUUCGCCGUAUCAGGAUCUACUCGCCCUCUUUUCGAAUGUCGUGGUUACAGGUACGUUGAUGAUGAGCAAACAUAUAUAGCCAGUUGAUCAGCGUAAUCAGUGAGUAAGGUGUUUCAAUUUGACAUUUUUGUGCUGAUAAGGCUUAACCUUUAUUUUUGUCAGUGAAUUUUAAUGAGGGAGGUAUCUUAACACGUGCAUGCAUGAUAUGCGAUUAAUGGCUCAAAUGGGAAGCAUUGUUUGAAAUGAACUUGGUCAUGCACGAGUGAAAUGAUAAACAGCUGCAUUGUUUGCAAUCUAUUGAUUACAAUCUAUUGUUGCUGAAUAACCAAGCGUAGUUCUAGAGAGGGGGGGGUGCAACUUCAUAGUCAGGUAGUAUCAGAAUAAUAAUUUCAUACAAAGGGCUUAGGUUACUUUUAAACCUAUUUUAGAUUUUAGCCUAUUUUUAAAUUCUCAUGAUACACUUUCCUUGAAAUCAAGUGAAAUAAAAUAGAAUUUUGAUUAAAAUGAGCAGGAACAUUUUCGACUAACAUUUUUGAUCUGCGAUUUUGUUUUAUUCAGCAAAGGUGCGAUAUUAACAGCAAAGGAAGUUCGACAAGUUGCCACAGACUAUAUCAAAUCUCAGGAGCUUGCUUCUUCGCAAAACAAAAGGUAAAAGUAAACGCAUUUGAAACGUUUGAUGAAUGGUUAAGACGCAUCAUCCAACUGACGCGUCAUCCAGACCAUGUAGCGAAAAUAUCACCAUUUAUUAUAUGGA